UUCCCACUAGCCUUUGGUGUGGUUGAGUCUGAAACAAAAGAUAGUUGGAUGUGGUUUAUGGAGCUAUUGAUGGAUGACAUUGACCCUGAAAGAUCAAGAAGAUGGGUCUUUAUCUCAGAUCAACAAAAGGUAAUUUUUUUUUCUUUCUUUGUCAUGCUUUUGUAUAAUUUGUCUAGAUUUUUGUCAUGCUUUUCUUGGUCACUGGUCUGCCUUAAUGUAGAAAUUGUCAUGAUUUUGCCAAAUUUUAUGUGAUCAUAGGGUUUGAUGGAGGUUUUCAAAGAAGAUAUGCUACAUGGUAGUGAACAUAGACUAUGUGUGAGACAUCUCUAUGCAAAUAUGAAAACUAAAUUUGGAGGUGGUGUGCUUUUAAGAGAUCUGAUGAUGGGUGCUGCCAAGGCUACAUAUGAAGCUGCCUGGAAAGAAAAGAUGCUUCUGAUAAAGGAUGCCAAUGACAGUGCUUAUCAGUGGUUGAUGGAGAAGCCAACUUCAAGCUGGUGCAGACAUGCAUUUAGCCUUUACUCAAGAUGUGAUGUGGUCAUGAACAACCUCUCUGAGGCUUUCAAUGCAGCAAUUAUGUUGGCUAGGGACAAGCCUAUUUUAACUAUGAUGGAGUGGAUUAGGACCUAUGUAAUGGGAAGGUUUCCACAGAUGAUGGAGAAGCUGCACAAGCAUCAUGGACAGAUCAUGCCUAGGCCAUUGAAGAGGAUAUUACAUGAGGUUGAUCACAUUAAGAAUUGGAUCCCUAGGGUUGUUGGUGCUCAAAAGUAUGAGGUUCGACAUACUAUCACUUUGGAGAGACAUGUAAUAAGCUUGAAGGAUAAGAGCUGUACCUGCAGAUUCUGGGAACUUAAUGGCUUUCCUUGUAGACAUGCUGCAUCUGCACUUACUUUCAAUGGCAAUGAUCCUAAACAAUUUGUAGAUGAUUGCUACAAGAGGGAAGCCUACAAUGCAACAUAUGAAAAUUAUGUGACUCCAUUACCUGGCCCUAACCAGUGGAUUGUCACCCCUCAUGAUCCUGUGUGCAUUCUACCACCCAUGUAUAAGAGAAGUGCAGGGAGGCCAAAGAAAUUGCGGAGGAGAGACCCAUAUGAAAAUGAUCCUAACCCAACUAAAUUACAGAGGGGGGGUGCAACUUGGAAGUGUAGUAGGUGCAAGCAAUAUGGGCACAACAAGAGAGGAUGUAAGAACCCUGUUCCAGAAGAGCAAUCUGAAGUUGUACCAGAAGUUGAUGAAGCUGUACCAGGUGAAACACAAGCUACAACUGCACAAGAUGAUGGAGUACAACCUUCAACUGCACAAGAUGAUGGAGUUCAACCUACAACUGCUCAGAAGAAACCAAAGAACAAGGGAUUUAAAAAAUGCAGUAGAUGCAAGCAGUAUGGACAUUAUAAAACAAGAUGCAAGAACAUCCCAGAGUUAAUUGUAAUGCCUCAGCCCCGCUCUCUUCCUGGGAUUGUUAUAAGGGAGCCUGUCAAUCCUAAUGUCACUGCCUCACUCCCUCUUAAUUCUGGAAAAAUGAAAGAAAAGGUAGUGGAAGAUCCAAGAUCUGUGGAUGAAAAUUGGCAUAAGAUCUAUGCAGGGACUCAUGGAGGAGCUACUACUUCAUAUGUCAUGACUGGGAAUCAGGGAGGAGCAUCCACUUCUGGUUCUGUCCUUCAAGUUCAGAUGGAGAUUGAGACUUCCAGUACUGUUGAGAGGGUUGCAACUGAGAUUCCAGAAGCCACAAGAGACCAAGUUAUUGAAGAUGGAGAAACUUUACCAACACAGUGCAGUGUUGUCCUUGACACAGCAAUGGGGGAAUCAACUUGACCUUGCAUU